CACUGAUGGGCAUUGACAGGCAUCACUGAUGGGCACUGAAAGGCUGGCACUGAUUGGCAUUGAUAGGUGGCACUGACUGGCACUGAUGGAUGACACUGAAAGGCAGCUCAGAUGGGCACUGAUAUGUUGCAUUGAGGUGCACUGGUAUGCACUGAUAUGUGGCAUUGAUGUGGCACUGAUCGGCACUGACAGCUGGCACUGGUGGACUUUGACAGGUGGCACUGCUGGGGCUACACUGAUCAUCAGGGCACACUGAUCAUCAGUGCU